UUAUAUUUUCCCCCACCAAAAAAUGGAUUAUUCCCUUCCGCCACGAAAUUUUUCAAAAAUUAAAAAAGAAAAAGUCCCCUACUUUGUCACUCACCUAACACCUCCCCUCCCCUCCCCUCCCCUCCCCUCCCCUCCCCUCCCCGCCUUUUAUAUUUACUAUAAAUAUCAACACUUCCUUUCUCAUUUACAUUCAUUUUCUAACCCUUUCUCUCUUCAUCUUCAUACCAUGGCAAUUCCUAAAAUCAUCCCUUGUCUUGUUGCGAUGUCUCUUCUCGUUCUUUGUUUUGUUGAAGCUGAUGACAUGGUUGUUGGUGUUGCAGCUAGUCCCACUUUGACUCAAAAUAUUAAUUGUGGAGGAGCUUGUGCAUCGAGGUGCAAACUAUCUUCAAGGCCGAACUUGUGCAAGAGGGCAUGUGGCACGUGCUGUGCACGUUGCAGCUGCGUGCCGCCGGGCACUUCCGGAAACUAUGGGGCUUGCCCUUGCUACGCGAAACUGACCACUCACGGCGGCCGGCGAAAGUGUCCUUGAGUUAAUUAUUUCAUUAUAUUAAAAAAGUUACUGUAUUGAAAAGUCCGUCAUAAUUUCCCCCAUGCAAAGGUCUCUGUUCUGUUUUCGUUCGUCGUCAUCUUCAACCUUUCUAAGCUUUGAUUAAUAAUAAAAUUUUCAAAGAGUGUUUAAUAUAAGGAAUUUAUGUAAAAUAAAGUUUGUAUAUGGGAGAAAAAUCAGAUAUUUUUUUCCCUGAUCUCUUUUGUUUGUUUUUCUUUUCCCAGUUAUGUGAGUGAAUAUACAAAACAAAUUAUGAAUUA